AUGUUACGACGUCAUCGUAGACUUGCUCAUGGAGUGAUGGAAGACGAAGUUGGACUGGAAAACUAUUCUGCCGAGCUAGGUUACUGUCCUCAUUGCUGUUCGAUGGUGGCUCUUGAGCAAGAAGCCCUGAUUUAUUCAGUGUUUUCCAGCCAGCUUGAUAACAAAAUGAAGCGUCUGAGUGCGAGAAAGGAGAAGAAUCGUAAAGCUGUCGAAGUGCUUGAGACAUCUUCGAACGACAAAUCCGAAAAUGGCGAGCCAAAGAAGAAGAAAUCUUUUCCAUGCGACAAGUGUGGCAAAGUAUUUCCACGUGCUUUUGAUCUAAAGAGGCACGCAGAAGUUCAUGAACCAACGAAGAAAUGGAGCUGCACAAUGUGCGAAAAGAAGUAUAGCCACAAGAAUUGCUUGGAUGAUCAUGUAAAAACUGUACACAGAGAUCCUUUAGGCGCUAUGGUUACUUGUAAAAUUUGCUCACAAGUGUUUGCAAAGCAAUCGAACCUCAAUCGCCAUAUAAAAAUGCAACAUCCAAUUGGUGUUACUAAAGCUGUUCUUGAUUGUCCGGACUGCAGCUGUGUUUUUUCCAGUCGCAGAACACUCACCAGACAUCGUAGAGAGGCCCAUGGAGCAGAGGUGAUAUCUGCUUACUACUGCCGUGUAUGCAAUCGUUGUUUUCCUAAAAUCUCGCUAUUGCGACGGCACAAUCUUGUGCACGAUCCAAGCGAGGGCUCGAAACCAUAUCAAUGCAGUCGUUGUUUUAAGAGGUUCAAUCUGAAAUCCACGCUGAAGCUACACAUGGACAUACACGCUCGCAAAGACAUCGACGAUCCUGUCCUAACAAAUCCGAAAUGUCCUAUCUGCAUGAAGCAUGUGAGUAUAAGGGGUUAG